AUGAAUCGUAAGCGAUGUAAUUCUCCUUCCGGCGUAUCUUCGUCUAGAAAAAUACUACGUAUUGGAGGUGAUGCUACUAAUAACGAAGAAAUUAUCGCAUCUCGGCUUUGUGAAUCAGAUGAAUCAUUGGCGGAUGAAAAUGAUUACAUUCAGUCGGACCGCGAUGAUUAUUCAGAAGAGGAAUAUUGUGAUGAUGGAGAGGCCGCUGGUGCUGGGCUUCGGACCCUGACUCUUCUGAAGAUGGUAUGCCUUUGUCACAUUUUUUCCCGCCAUAUUGAUUCUGAAAAUAGGCAAACUGGCGUCCAGUUAAGCGAUUCUCAAGUAAAUACAGUUGCCGAGGGUAAUGUAUCGCAAUCUCGCAGAAAGUACUACUACGGAAAAAAACGCUGCAUGAAGUGGUCUGCAGAAGGGCCAUCGAGAACUACACGCACACCUGCGCACAACAUCGUUACUCCAAUAACUACAAUUGAUUUUUCACCGGAUAGUCCGCCUUCACAAUUAUUUAGUUUGCUAAUAACUGACAAUAUUAAAACACAAAUUAUAGAAAAUACUAACCAAAAACUGGAAUUGAUAAGGCAAAAAUAUAAGCAACAAGAACUUUAUGAAAUUGAGUGGGUAAUAUGGGAUUCUCAUGAAGAAGAACAUAAAUUGCAAGUAGUAGUAACCUACCUACUUAUACUGAGCAGACAUUAUGCACCAACAAACUCGACGUCAGUCAUUGUUGCGAGUUGGUUGGUCAUUAAAGAAGUAUGA